AGCUGGGGGCGCGAUCGCGGUUCCGGACGCCGCGCCGCGCAGCCCGACCGGUAGGAGUCGCCCUCGGCGAGCGGGCUCAAAGGACGCGACGGACGCUGCCUUUUCGCCUCCGGUCGCCACAGACCACUCCACCCGCUGACAUGGUUGAGGCGGAUCGCCCGGGGAAGCUUUUCAUUGGGGGGCUCAACCUCGAAACCGACGAGAAAGGCCUCGAGACCGCGUUUGGCAAGUAUGGCCGCAUCGUCGAGGUGCUCCUGAUGAAAGAUCGAGAAACCGGCAAGUCGAGGGGCUUCGCGUUCGUCACCUUCGAAAGCCCCGCAGACGCCAAGGCCGCCGCCAGAGAUAUGAAUGGCAAGUCCCUGGAUGGUAAGGCCAUCAAGGUGGCCCAGGCCACCAAGCCGGCGUUUGAAAGCGGCCGGCGGGGCCCGCCGCCGCCGUCCCGCAGCCGUGGCCGCCCGAGAGGCCUGCGUGGAGCCCGCGGUGGUCCGCGGCGACCCCCUUCCCGGGGCGGGCCGGCAGACGACGGCGGCUACGCAGGGGAUUUCGACCUGCGGCCCCCCAGGGCCCCGCUGCCCCCGAAGCGCGGGCCACCGCCGCCGCGCAGGGCCGGCCCUUCCCCCAAGAGGGCCGCGCCGUCGGGCCCGCCUCGCAGCGCCGGCGGCGGAAUGCGCGGGCGGGCCCCGGCCUCGCGGGGACGAGAGGGCUAUGCUGGCCCGCCGCGCCGGGAGCCGCCGCCCCCGCGCCGCGACCACUACCUGGGCCCGCGGGAGGAGGGCUACCCGCCCAGAGACAGCUACUCGAGCCGAGACUACCCGAGCGCCCGCGACCCUCGGGACUUUGUCCCCUCGCCCAGAGAGUACACCUACCGCGACUACGGCCACUCCAGUGCCCGGGACGACUCACCACCGAGAGGCUACGGCGACCGAGACGGUUACGGGGAUCGCGACCGUGACUACGCGGAUCAUCCCAGUGGAGGCUCCUACCGAGACCCCUUCGAGAGCUACGGGGACCCGCGCAGCACCGCCCCCGUACGGGGGCCACCGCCAUCUUACGGCCGCUACGAGCAGUACCGGGGCUGCUCGCCCGACGCCUACAGCGGUGGCCGCGACGGUUACGGCAGCGGCCGGAGCGACCGCUACUCCAGGGGCCGAGAGCGGGUGGGUAGACCGGAUCGCGGGGUUCCCCCGUCCAUAGAAAGGGGGUGCCCUCCCCCGCGUGAUUCCUAUAGCCGGUCAGGCCGCAGGGUCCCCAGGGGCGGAGGCCGCCUAGGAGGCCGCUUGGAGAGAGGGGGAGGCCGGAGCAGAUACUAAGCAGGAAGAAACUUGGGACCAAAAAUCCCUUUUCAAGAAAACUAACAAAAAGAAGAACCUGUUCUAUGAUAACUACCCAAAGACUAGUACAAAGAAGAGUUGUUUUACCUUUUAAGAAUUUCCUGUUAACUUCCUCUCUAUGUUUUUGCGAGGAAAAAGUUAAAAUUCUUUUAAUUUCGUUUUGGAAUUGUUAACGUUUCUUUCAACAAGCUCAUGUUAAAAGCAUAAGACUUGAAUCUGCGUACUAUUUUUCUUUUAUUUUCAAGUAGAAAUUCUCCUAAAUGCUUCUACCCUUCUAAAUUUUUCUGAUAAAUGAGGCAAACGGUUCUGAGAUGUUUCAUAAACAUCUGCUUACCUAAAAUGGAAAAAUGGAUCAUUCUGCCCAUUCAAACCUACUAGAUUUUGGAGGGAGAGUGGGAGGGAAUUAGUAUAUGCUACUUUUAAGAUUUCAGGGUGUUUUUCAAACUGAAUUUCAUUGUUUCCAGUAUUAAAAACCAAAAAGCCAGCAAGAGGAACAAAAACCAUUUAGAUCAGAUGCUUAUGUAAAAAAUGUUGUAUUCACUCAGUAAAUCUAAAAAAGCAAAUGGAUGAUACUGGC